AGUGCAAUAGUUUACACCUAGAAUGUCCAAUACCCAGCUUUCUGAGCUGAGGAAGGGCAGGGGGGCUGCCCAGCUCCAGGAACACAGAGGGGAGCAGCCCAGGGGCUCAGGGAUGGUGACAGUGCACGGCAGAUGGGGUGCCCAGGGUCAGGAGGCAGCUCCAAGUCUUUUCCAGGGCUGCAGCCCACAGGGAACUGAAGCAGAGCUGCAGGGCUGUCCCAGGGGUGUCUCAGCAGCUCCCUGUACCCCUCAGCCCUCACUGGGAGCAGAUUUCACCCUGCAGGGAAUUAAAGGAGAGCUGCAGGGGUGUCUCAGCAGCUCCCUGCAGCCCCAGCCCUCACUGGGAGCACGUUUCACCCCUCACACCCCACCUGCAGCUGCAGCUGCACAGGGGCAGCCUGGCAGAAUGCAGCAGGGGCUGGGCUGCAGAGCUCUCUGGAUUAUUUGCAUUAUUUUUAGUGAUUCCCUCAGCUUUGCUUGUUUGCUGCUGUCAAGGCAACGCAGCAGCCACGAGGGCGAGCCCGUUGCUGUGAGAACUGAGGGGGCUCUGCCUCUCACAGGGAUUCAGCUGCUGGCUCUGCAGCCUUUGCAGCGAGACAGCAGCAGAGACGACAGCAGCUGCCCCAGCCCUGCUGACCAGCGGGGCACAGAGCUGCUCUGGGGGCUGCCCAGCAAACACCCCCUCUGCAGGGCACAGAGCCACCCUGAAGCACAGGAAUCAACAAUCCCUGCCAUCCCUGCAGCUCCCAGAGCUGUGACAGCUGUGGGUGCACAUCACCACCCCUUGGGAGGGGGCACUGACAGAGCAGCUCAGGCUGCAGGAGCAGGGCUGGGGCCGGCAGAGCCCCCCACCCCAAUUCCUGCCCCCAUGUCCCCAGCAGCCCUGGAGCACUGCCUGGGCUGUGCCACCUCCUCCCCCUCGUGCAGAACACCCCCAGUGACAAAAUAACACACUGACACCAGUUGGGCAUUUCC